CCCAAGUCCAAGUCCAACAAACAGCCUUCAAGACGCGGUUAACUGUAACUGUAAGCUGCUUGUUAUCGAACCUGCUCUGUCACUAGUCGUUGACCCGCCUCACAGAUUCACCAUGUCUGCCAAUCUUGACCGGUCGCUGGACGACAUCAUCAAUGACAACAGGACGGCUCAGAGGGCGGUGCAGCAGUCGCAACGUCAGCAGGUGAUGCAACAGCAGCAACAGAGACAAGCUCAAGCCGCGGCUGCGCGACCUGUCGCUCCACGAGUCAAUGGGCCUGUACGAGGAGUUCAGAGGGGUGUCGUACGAGGAGGAAUCCGCAAACCCGUAGGACCUUAUCAGCGCCCAGUGAACGCCCCGAAUGGUCAGUGGAAUCACGACCUGUUCCAGCAGCACGCAAGAAACGCACAGGCUGCAAUCAACCCCCAGCUUCAGAAACGUCUCGAGACCAACCCACUACUCGCCCGCCUCCAAGGACCCACCGCCCCUAAGCAGCAACAACAGCCAGGCAAUGCCGUAUUCUUCAAGGGCGCAGCACAAGCACAGAACGUCAUCAGUUUUAAGGGAGCGUCAGGACCCACGACGGUUGAGAUCGCGAACCUCGCGCCUGGAACGAGCCCGGAUGACAUCCAGACUACAAUGCAGGCAUGCGGCAAGGUAACACAAGUCAAGAUCACCGGCGUCUCGAAAAUUGCACUGUUAGCAGAGGUCACGUUCGCUACGAGAAAAGAGGCGGAUGUUGCUGUGUCUAAGUUUCACCAAAUAAAUGCGGACGGACGCAUCAUUCGCUGCCAAAUAAAGCAGGCUGCGAAGACUGCGCAGGCGCCUACUCCAUCAGGACCUAGGGCUCAGCAACAGACAUUCGCGCAGAGGACACAGCAGCAGGUGCCAAUGCAGGGCGCUCCGGGAAGGAUGUACAACGCGAACGGGCGUGGAGGGUUUGGGCGACGUUAAUGCGAUGGGGCAACCUAGGGGAGUUACACCGAAGAAAAGGUCAAGUUAGUCCGGCAAUAUAUCUGGGCGGAUGGAAACAAUCCCUCUUCGUAGACAACUACUCUACAUCUUCAUCUCGAGCUUCUGGAUCCUACCAGCCUUUACUGCGUGCGCUGAGCUGUGGUUGUCGGAGCGGACCCAUGGCGAGCCGUCCGCAGCCAGCCUGUAGCUUUUGGCGCGGACUUGUUUAACCCAGACUGAUCGAGUCUCACCACCAUAAGUAAAUGCCCGACCAGGGAGACGUCACAUUCAG